AUGCCGUUCGACGACGACCGUUUAAGGCAUUUGCCUCCUAUGAUCUCUUCUCCCCCGCCUCCGAAAAGAUACAAGUCCGAUACCCCGGCUAGUGAGAGUGGUCGCUCGAGGUACUACUCUCAUUCUCAGUCGGUUCCGUCAAGCGAACGGGCGCGAUCACGACAAACGUCUACCGCUAUGGAUAUUUAUACCAUUACCGAUCGAGAUCCGUCUGAACGAGAUCGGGACCCCCGUCGCACUGGAAGAUUUACCAGCAAUGGCUCGGUCGCAUCACAAGCAUCGCAAAUAUCACAUAUCUCUCGGUCUCCGCCCGUUAUCAUCAACAAUCGCAAAAUUCCUGAAAAAUACCCACCCAUCUCAGAAAACGGUCGACUAUAUCACGGCUAUCACAAGGGCAUGUACCUUCUCCCCUGCGAUGAGGAGGAACAAGAUCGUCUAGACAUUUUCCAUAAGUUGAUGACCGUUGCUCGAGCCUCCGACGGUCUAAUCUACGCCCCAACUCCAGCCAACUCCCGAAUCCUAGAUCUAGGCUGCGGAACAGGCAUCUGGUGCAUCGAAGUCGCAAACAAAUACCCAGAUUCCUACGUCGUCGGCACAGACCUAGCAACAAUGCAACCUGCCAAUAAACCUAAAAACGUCGACUUCCACGCCCCUUUCGACUUCGAAGGUCCCUGGGCAAUGGGCGAAGAUUCCUGGGAUCUAAUCCACCUCCAAAUGGGCUCAGGGUCCGUUCAAAGUUGGGCAAGCCUAUAUAAACGCAUAUUCGAACACCUCCGACCAGGCGCCUGGUUCGAACAGGUAGAAAUCGACUUCGAACCUCGCUGCGAUGAUCGUUCGCUUUCCGGUCUAGCGUUACGGCACUGGUACUCUGCGCUUAAACAUGCUACUGAGUCGAGAAAUCGUCCUGUCUCUCAUAGCUCGAGAGAGGCUGUGAGGAAUCUACAGGAAGCUGGCUUUACGGAGAUUGACCAUCAGAUGGUUGGACUUCCGUUGAAUCCGUGGCAUACGGAUGAACAUGAACGGAAGGUGGCGAGUUGGUAUAAUCUUGCUAUAUCGGAGAGUAUUGAGCCGUUGAGUUUGGCGGCUUUUAGUCGUGCUUAUGGGUGGCCUAUUGAGAAGAUUCAGCGGAUGGCAACGGAUGUCAAGUCGGAGGCUUUUAACAAGGAUAUACAUUGUUAUAAUAUCCUGCAUAUUUAUCAGGCGCGCAAGCCGCUUACCAAGUAA